CACAGAGAAAGAAGCCUCGCUAUUGCUCAGUUAAUCAAACGGGUACGUCCCGGUGAUCCUUUGUAUCGUUCGAUGUUCUUUUGCUUCUUACAAUGUAGAAAAGUUCUAGAUAAGCAAAAUGAGCGGAGGUGGAGAGAAGGGUUCAGCAACUACUAAAACUCCUGGAGAUUUUCUCAAAUCAAUCCGUGGUCGUCCUGUCGUCGUUAAACUGAAUUCAGGAGUUGAUUAUCGAGGCAUUCUUGCAUGUCUUGAUGGGUAUAUGAAUAUAGCAAUGGAGCAGACAGAAGAAUAUGUCAAUGGGCAGUUGAAAAAUAAGUAUGGCGAUGCUUUCAUUCGUGGAAACAAUGUUCUCUACAUUAGUACAUCAAAGAGGACACUAGCAGAUGGGGCUUAAGUACCGAAUUUUUAUCAAGCCAUGUGGAGCCUCUGCAGUCAUUUUUUUUUUUUCCUUUAAAUGUUUGUAUUUGUAAUGUAAGAUGAUGUGGAUUUUGGAAAUUCGAAUUAGAGAAGGCUGCUCGAACUCGGACAUGAAACGUUGUUACUAUCAUAUGUAAUGGAAUAGGCUACCAAAUGUCUUCAUC